AUGGCGCGCCUACCACUGCUUUCGUGGUGCUUGCCUCUCCUCGCGACGGCCGCGUCAGUGCCCUACAGCGAGUAUAUUCUCGCUCCCAGCUCGCGGACACUGACCGCACCGACCGUUCACGAGGUCAAUGGUACCGUCCGGAAUGCUGCCGCUCUGACUGCAGCUGGUGCUUCGAGUAGGACUUCCAACAGUUCUGCCGUCUUCGUCGGCGCCAAUUCCUCUGUGACGCUGGACUUUGGCAAGAACAUCGCAGGCAACGUUCGUUUCCAGGUCGAUGCCGUCUCCGGCUCGAAUGAAUACAUCGGCAUCAGCUUCACGGAGAGCUCGAUGUGGAUCAGCCCCGACAAAUGCGACGCUACGCAGGACGAAGGUCUCGACGAUCCGCUAUGGUUCGCAAUCUCCGGCCCGGGCACCUACACAGCAGACAUCACGCACCAGCGCGGUGGUUUUCGGUAUCUGAACGUGCUGCACAACUCCACCGGCAGCGUGAGUCUGUCGGCAUUGACCGUCAAUUGGACCGCCGUGCCCCAGAUGUCCGAUCCUAGAGAUUAUACUGGCUACUUCCACAGCAGCAGCGAGAAGCUCAACCGAGUGUGGUACGCGGGUGCCUAUACUAAUCAAUUGUGUUCCAUUGAUUCGUCGACGGGCAGCGCGUUAAGACUGCCUCUCUCGGGGUGGGCUUACAAUUAUACCAUCGCUAACGGAACGGCCGUGCUCGUCGACGGCGCCAAACGAGACCGCCUCGUCUGGCCCGGCGACAUCGUCAUCUCAGGUCCAUCCAUCUUCGUGUCAACGAACCGGCUGGACGCGAUCCGGAGCGGCCUGGACUCGCUACUCGCCAUUCAGUUGCCAGACGGUCGUCUGCCGUAUUCUGGCAUUCCCUUUCAGAGUACCGACCCGAGCAACUUCCUCUGGAGCUUCACCUACCAUCUCCACACGCUGAACGACAUCUACGACUACUAUCUCUUCACGGGCGAUGUUGAGUAUCUGAAGUCCGUCUGGGGGAAGUACAAGCUGGGUAUGGCGUACAUUCUGCAGUUUAUCGACAGCUCCAAGCUCGCCAACGUGACGAGCAGCGCGGACUGGUUGCGCUUCGGCAUGGGUGGGCACAACAUUGAGGCCAAUGCGAUCCUCUACUACAAUCUCAACCUUGGUCUGAAACUCGCCGCCGUUCUGAACGACACCAGCGUCGUCAGCAACUGGACAACCACCGCCCAGGGAAUUAAGCAGGCUGCUAAUGCCCUCCUGUGGGACGAGUCGGCCAACCUGUUCCGGGACAACACGACCAACACGUCGCUGCACCCGCAGGACGGCAACGCCUGGGCCAUCGUGUCUGGCCUGGUGUCGCCGUCGCGAGCCAGCGCCAUCAGCGCCGCGUUACAAGCACGCUGGGUGCGUCCGUACGGAGCUCCAGCCCCAGAAGCCGGAGCCACCGUGUCUCCCUUCGCGUCUGGCUUCGAGGUGCAAGCGCACUAUCUCGCCGGCCACCCCGAGCGCGCCGUCGAGCUGAUCGAGUUCAUGUGGGCCGACUUUAUGCUGGACGAUCCGCGCAUGACCAACAGCACGUUUAUCGAGGGGUACUCGACGGACGGGAGUCUGCACUACGCUCCAUACUCGAAUGACCCCCGGGUGAGCCACGCGCACGGCUGGGCAACAGGGCCGACGUCGGCGCUGACCUUUUUCGGCGCGGGGCUCCAGCUGACGUCUGCCGGGGGGAAGACGUGGCUUGUCAAGCCCCAGCUGGGUGGGUUGAGCAUUUUGUCGGCGGGAUACACAAGUUCGUUGGGGAAGUUCUCCGCCAGCUGGAGCGCGAAUAGUACGGGCGGGCUGCAGGGAGAAUUCCAGACUCCGCCUGGGACGAGCGGAACAUUGACUCUGCCUGUGACGGAGCCGGCAAAGCGAUUAGUCCUGAAUGGGCCUGGAGGGAGACAGACUAGCCCACUAGUUAAUGUAGAUACGUUAGGUAGUGUAACAGGAAGACCACAUCUAAAGGAAUUGGUCUUGCCGACAUGUUAUCAGAAGCGAGAUAAGAGAAGGUAA